AUGGUCGAAAAGGUGAACAAACGUCAUCCUCGUGAAUGGAGCAAUUCCCGGUGCAGCUCAAGUGAUCAUAGCUCCGUACGAUCUGUUUCAACGCAGAACAGUGGAAACUUUGGCGCCGAUGACGACUUGGUCAGUACUUUUAAAUGCCCGUCCGAUAGUGAGAUGCUGAAACGAGCUCGAGCGGUGCAUUUGAAUAUUGAUUUUGCAGCACUUUCAGCUGGUCCGGAGAAGGGCGGUCCGUGGCAGCGUGUAGAGGCUUCGGAUCGGUUCGUUAUAUUUCAACAUCCGUCUUCUGCGGACGCCAAUGACUAUCGUGUUCCUGGUCUUGAUGUAAUGUGCGCAGGACGACUUGACGCUAGCCUUGAGGAGGUAGCCAGUGUUCUCCGGACGAGAUCUGAAGCCGACAUUGCGCACACAAUGCAGGGCUUUUAUCCAAAAAGCUUUAUCUUUGGAUCCUUCGACCGUGCGAUUCCAUGCUCGAAGAACAAAUGUCAGCAAAAUGAAGACGAUUCGGAUUCCGAUACAAGUGAACAGCUCAGUGUGAAGACCAUGAGCCUUACGCGGUCGAAUAUCUUUGGUCGAAAUGAGCAAUGGUGUUUCUUGGACUUUUUCCAGCGAAAACCAGAGCGAGAUGGAUUUACGAUUUCCCAGUGUGCAUUACGACCGAUGGAGUUUACUUCUGGUCGAGUCACUGAAAGUACCGCUCAUGUUGAUCAGCUGCAUGGAUUGAAUGCAUCAUAUUUGGUUGACCAACUACCAAAUCGAGAAGGUCUUCGUGUGGUAUUUAAUGCAUGGUUUGAGGAUUAUACGAACACGAAAGAGUCGACUGCCAGUAGCUAUAAGAGUCUAUUGAGUCGAAAGAGGGGACGACGACGUGGGUCUGGAUGGAGUGACUUGUUAAGUUCGACAUCUUUAAGCUCAAUGGAUGGCGAAACAAUGAAUGACAAAGCCCGAUUGCGGCGGCUACUGAGCCUUGCUCGUGGCAUCGCCAAACUUCCACAACUAAUCCGUAAUCGUCGCUUUGGAAUCCAAGUGCCUGCAGACCACGACGCUGUUCAUGUAGCUAACAAACGUUGUCCAUGUUGCACGCACAGCUUGGCUUCAGUCAAAUUGUCGUUAUCGAUAGCAGUCUCGGCUAUCUCUAAGAGAAAUUUUCGGUCACUAAAGAUAGACACGAGGAGAUGUUACCUCUGCGGGUAUCUCGUGUGUAACUCCUGCUGGCGUGCAGAGUAUAUGGACAGUACUGUUGGGCGUGUCGCGGCCAUUGUGGUCUGUACGAGAUGCCAUGCUUGUGUUCAAGCAUGCGAUUACUCGGAAGUUUGCUCGCCCGAUAACAAUUCCAACCACCUCGGUCCCGUGAAAGUUGUUGAAGACAAGUCUAAUGAUUCUGUAGCGCCUCUGCUGACGGCAUUCCUCGAAGCUUCGUUAAUGAAUGCGUCCGCAGACAAGAAUGAUCGCGAUAUCAUUGUCUCCGUUGUUCGAUCACUUCUUCAACAAAGCAAAGCUACCAACGUAGAUGAGAGUGACAGUCUGUAUGACCAAGUUAGUGACUGUGACGCCACCGUAAAGGACCUCGGGAAUUUUUUGAGCGACGAGAACCAGUUACCAGCUUUGGAGUCCUGCGUGGUGGCUAACGCGGAGAAGCGUAACUAUGUAAUUGAUUUGCCGGACGAUCCGGUAACCAUGGUUCCGUCCAGUGUGAUUCCGUGCCAUGAUACCUCCCGUCUUAAAGUUGCUGCUGAAAAGGGGUUGUUGCUGCUUGCAAACGAGUUAGCACCUUUGCAGCCCGCUGGAAAUGUUGACAACAUGUGCGACGUUCGUGACCUUGACUUGCUUUGCCAACUGGCAGUGCGUGCAACAGGAUGUGCCGAUGCAUGUGUAACAGUUAUGGGUGUGAAACACAACCACGUUCUGGCUUCUUCGGCUCCAUGUUUCCGUCAAACUGUCGUCUCUCGUGAACAAAGUAUCUGUCAGCACGCUAUUAUGACUACAAAACCUUUUCUGGUAACACAUCCAGAAGCUGAUGUGCGUUUUCACAAAAUGGAAGCUGUUCAGAUAGUACCAAUUCGUUAUUACGUUGGAUUUCCGGUGACAGUGUGGAUGCAUGACGAAAGCGAGGAUCUUGAAACUGAGAUAGCCGUGGGCACUUUGUGCUGUAUUGAUUCAACUGCGCGUGCCGAGCUCACACGGUCUCAGUACGCAACCAUGAAGCGGCUAUCUGAUGCAGCAUCGAGACUUAUUCAGCUCAAGGGGCAACAACUUCAACGGCAAGUCUGUCAGAAUGCACCAUCGGCUUCUUGA